AGCAGACAAAAAACGUUCCGGUAUGCUAAACGUGGAAAAGGAAGCCCUUGAGAGCAUUAAAAUGCUGGUGGCGAAAAAUUGUAACAUCAACUUCGUGGACAACACUGGACUUACAGCUAUUCGCCUUGCCGCUUUGAAUGGGCUGCGGACUUUGGUUGAGUAUCUACUCUGUGAGAAUGGUAACAGCGACGAAGUGAUAAGGGGAGAAACGACGAGCGAGCAGAUUGGGGAUGGGAAUCGGAAUUCCCUUAACGGCGACAGCCACAUAGGGCAUGAGGGAACGUGUAAUGAUCCUCGGAAGAACCUGGUAGAUGCCCUGAUGAACAGUGGCUUACCAUUAAAUUUGAAAGAACAAAUAUUUAAAGAUUGGCUGGUAAACAACGACCUCGAGCUACUCAAAUCCACGCUGAAGGAACCAUACAAGGGACUAACGUUGCUUGAAAUUGCAGUGUUUAAUUAUCUCCCUGAGAUGACUCAAGUGCUACUUGAAAAGGGAGCUGAUCCCAAUCAAGCCCUCAUCUUAGCAUUGGAUGCUGGGGAGACGUUCUUCGACUUGCUCACCAAAUCAAGUACCCAACUAGAUAUGUCACCGAAAAAUUCAUUUGAUGCUUCAUUAAGCCAAACUUUUCUGCACCGUGCUGUUAUGUCUGAGCGUUCUAGCGUCAAAGUGGUCAAGUACUUAUUAGAAGAAAGUGCAACAAAUAAAUCCAUUUCUCAAUUAAUAAAUGCAAGAGACUACCUAGGCAUGACGGCUCUUCACCACGCUGCGAACCGAAACUUGAACGACGUAGUAGAAGUACUUCUGCAAUUCAAUGCGAAGCUUUUCGUUAAGGAUAAUUUCAACCAGCCUGCAUUCCUUGAUCUGGAACCAGAGGCAGUAGAAGAACAUCUUAACAAGCAAAUUGAACAGACAACGUCCCAGAGUUUUAAAGAAAGCAGCAUAAAAUUUGACUUUGAUGUCUUUUUAAAUCAUCGAUGUCAGCGCAACCAACAAGCAAGAGAGAAGAAUGCGUGUACUAUAGAGAUGGAACCGUUAGGUAACUGCGAAAAGGAACCUGAAGAAAACAGCGAAACAAUAUCUGACGAGGAUUACUGCGAAAUGGAACCAUUCAUGAUGCUGGCUGAAUCUUCAACCCAUGAAAGACUACUGCUACACCCACUAAUCAGGGCCUUCCUGCAACUCAAAUGGAAAAGAGUGAUUUGGAUUUACUGGCUGAACUUUAUCUUAUGCUUUAUUCACGGAUUAAUUUCCUCCCUUUAUGUUUUCAGCAUCUUUGUCAAAAACAGCGGUAGUAAUGAAACAAGCAAUUCAACAGAUAAAACAAAUUCACAACUGAAUGAUCAAGAUGAUCAUUUUUGGUACAAGUUAAUUGUUGAAUAUCACUCUACUAUCAAGAAUGUCAAUUUUGUGAUAACAUUUUUGUUAUUCACUAGAGAACUUUGGCAAUUAAGGUCAUUCAGAAUUACGUAUUUUUUAAAACCGGUAAAUUGGCUCGAUAUUAUAGUUAUCGCAGGCACCUUUACAAUUUUAUCAACCGACCCAAAUGAAAUAGACUUUAAAACCAUAGCUUCCACGCUAUUUCUUUUUAUCGCCAUUGAAAUUAUGUCUCUCAUGAGCCGACACCCGCAACUAGCAACAUACAUCCAUAUGUUCUUUCAAGUGUCAAAGAACUUCUUCAAAUUGCUGCUAUGGUAUUUCUGCUUGAUAAUUGCCUUCAGUUUCGCUUUUUACAUUAUUUUUCCUUACUGCGAAAAAGGCGAUGACUGUAAAGUUUUCUUCAACACGAUACCAUCUUCUAUUUUCAAGACAAUAGUCAUGGUUACUGGUGAAUUUGAGACAGGCAACCUUGGAUUCGAACACGUUUCUGGCACAGGUCACUUGAUUUAUAUUGCUUUUCUGUUUUUUAUCUCCAUGAUAAUGGUUAACUUGUUAAAUGGAUUAGCCGUUAGUGACACGCAGGAGAUAAAAAGCAACGCAGAACUUAUUUUUUGCAAGUCUCAAGUCAAGUUUUUCGCCGAUAUCGAGUCUUCCCUUUUGUUAAAAUUACCUUUUCUAAAGCACUGGCUGAGUAAGAUCUUCUUGGUCAAAAGGUUCUUAUCUACUUCAAACCAUACAAACACAAUAAUAAUAUACAUCCGCAAGGACCUUCCGGUUGAUUCUGGGGAGCGCUCGCCUUUUGAAAUAAAAAAAUGGAAAAAAUGCUACUCAAAAAUUGUAUCACAUGCAUUAAAAAUCGUGAACAAGAAUGAAGAGAACAGCAAGUUGGAUAAACUGUUGUCACGAAUGAAGAUAUUAGAAGUUAUGAUUGAGAGAAAAAAUAAUAUUUAAUAAGUAUUGAAAUAAAAAUAAAAUUGAACCAAAAAACGAAUUACAGAGCGGUCGGUUGUAAUAGC